GAAAGUAGGCAAACAUCGUAAACUGGAACUUAAAUGUCCAUUUUCAUUUAUGCUAGGGUGAUGCAACCAAUUGUUCUAUCCUGCACGCUGAAGGAACCAAACUUUAUCUAUCGGUGGUUUAAUUGAGAAUGAGAUCGUCGUUGAACAUCAAUGUCAAUGGACUUCUGCUGCUCUUAUGUGGAGUUAACCUGGCCGGCACACUUGGGUACAAACCUGUCAUCAUUGUUCACGGCCUCUUUGACGGCCCUAAACAAUUCCUUAUGAUGAGUCGUUUGAUACAAGAGGCCCAUCCAGGUACCAACGUGUCAGUGAUAGAUCUGUAUGAUAACAUGGCCAGCCUGAAGCCACUGUGGGUGCAGGUGCAGGGCUUCAAAGAGCUGCUCUAUCCAAUCAUGCAGGAGGCAGAGAAUGGCGUCCAUCUUAUCUGCUUCUCACAAGGUGGUCUGAUAUGUCGAGGACUUCUUUCUACACUUCCUGACCAUAAUGUCCAGUCCUUCAUCUCCCUCUCAUCACCACAGGCUGGCCAGUAUGGAGACACAGACAUUCUGAAAAUGGUUUUUCCUCACUAUCUAAAGGCCCGUGUUUUUCACGUGUGUUACUCUUCAGUAGGACAGAAAUUGUCCAUCUGCAACUUCUGGAAUGACCCACACCAAAGAGAACGCUUCCUGAAGAGCAGCAAUUAUCUGGCCCUGCUGAAUGGAGAGAGACCACACAGGGAAAUGACCGAGUGGAGGAAGAAUUUCCUGCGAAUCAACAAGCUGGUGUUGAUUGGAGGACCAGAUGAUGGAGUGAUUACACCAUGGGAGUCCAGUCACUUUGGAUUUUAUGACAUUAACGAAACCAUUGUUGAGAUGAAGAACCAGGAAUGGUACGGUAGGGAUUCGUUUGGGCUGAAGACACUGCAUGCUCGUGGAGACCUGGCUGUGUAUGUGCUCUCAGGAGUGAAGCACGGCUAUUGGCAUUCGAAUGAGACGGUGUUCAGAGGCUGCAUAGAGGAGUGGCUGACAUGAACAUGCUCACAUUCACACAUACACACUAAAUAUAAUGUUCACAGAAAAGGUUCUGCAAAUUGUCUUUAAUUGACAUGUCAUAGUUGUAUGUAGUGCCUAUUUUAUGUUUUUAUACAGUAUUGUUUGUGAUUAUGAAACAGCGAAAUCAAGUGUUUUUUGUGCAGUAAUAGGAAAUACACCGAAUGUAACUACAUUUCACAUGGUGUGUUCUUGCCCAAUGCUUUCACUCUUCUGGUGAAUCAGACUUGUUUCUCUCUUUGAAUAAAUCAGUGUGAUAAGG